AUGACCACCCCCACCCCCUACCCCCCCGCCGACCGCUACAAACACACCUCCACUCCCUCCCUCCUAACCGCCGCCCAAACCGCCCAAUCCCCCAUCGCAUGGCUGAAGGCUGACCACGACCGCCUCUUCCACCUGAUGGACACCUUCUUCAUCCUCCCCGCCACCUCCCACGCCCACCGCGAAGCCCUCGUCGACGAGCUCGUCCGCAGUACCUCCAAACACGCCUCAGCGGAGGAGAGGGUCAUCUACCCUCUGAUCAGGGACAGGUUGCCGAAUGGCGGGAUCGUUUACGAGCGGAACGUGUCGGAUGAUCAGAUCAACAAAGAAUAUUUGAGCCUCUUGCAUAAGAUGCGGAGCGAGCGGGAUGGCGACCUGUUUGAUCGGAGCGUGGAUAAGUUUCGGAUGAUUGAGAGGGAGCAUUUGAGUAUUGAGGAGGAGUUUUUGGAUCAGUUGGAUGCGUUGUUGAGUGCGGAGGAGAGGCCAAGCGUUUAUAAGGCAUUGAUUGCGGCGUGGGAGAAUGCGCCUGUGUAUCCACACCCGGAUACGGGGCCGAGCAGGGCCCCGUUUGCGAAUGUUGUGCAUCCGGUUGCGGGGUUGGUUGAUAAGGCUUAUGAUUAUGUGAGGGGGGGUAGGCCGGCUGAGAAGUUGGAGGAUUAG